AUGGAUGUGCCGAAAGAGUUUAAAUGUACACUCUCCAAGAAGAUCAUGAUCGAUGAGUUGAUUACACAAUGGUGUCUACUUCACAAAUUUGAGUUGCCAAAAUCAUCACAAGAGAUAGUUACUGAUGGAAUAAGCUCAUUGCUUCAGAGGAUUUCAUCUCCUUCCUCGGUUAAAGAUCAGACAAAAGCUGCAGAAGAGCUUCGCAGCCAGACCAAGAGAUUUGCUAAUGAGAAUCUCAUCACGACAUUGUUCAACCUCUCGAUCGUUGCGAAGAACAAAACAGUAAUCGCUGAAACCCCUUUAGUGAUCCCACUGCUUACAAACUCUUUAAAGCAGGGGACAGCUGAGACUAGAAGAAACUCUGCAGCGACUUUACUGUCACUUUCAGCCGUUGAUUCUAAUAGGCUCCUCAUCGGUAAUUCGAAAACGCUCAACGCUCUGAUAGGUCUAACCGGAGAAGGGGGUUUGUUCAUAACUGAGGCUGCCUCUCAGUUUUCAACAUCUAUAGUGUAUCAGUAUCAGAGAACAGAGAAAAGGCUGUUUCAGCUGUUGAUUCCUGUGCUAACCCAUAAGAUCAAAGAAGGAAGUAAUGUGGCUGAGUUGUUACCUCUCUUGGCAUUGUUGUCUACACACAACCGUGGGGUUAAAGAAAUGAAUGAUCUAGGGUAUAUCAGUGAUCUGUUGAGUAUCUUUAGGAAACCGAGUUGUCCAGAGAUUCACGAGAACGCUGUAGUGAUCGUGUUUAACAUGUUGAACGAAGAGGAAAAUCAAUAUGGGACGUUUACGAAGCUUGCGAGGCAAGGAUCAGAUCGUGCAGUGAGGAAAGCAGACGCGAUUUUGAAGUGGCUUAAGAGACACGGUACCGGUAAAGAGUCGCAGAGGGGGUGA